ACGCGUCACUCUCUCCCUCCGACUUAUUCUGCCCGCGCGAGUUUCUUGUCUCUCUACAUCCUCCCAUCCCAAUAUGAGCGCUUCACCUGAAGGCUCACGCCCUCCAAAGCGCACUUAUGGGCGGCGGGCCCAGGUCGCUACGACCGAUGACACGCCGAGCAUGCUGUUCGCUCCCCCGACUGAAUCCCCUUCCAAGACUCUCCUCAACCGCUUUGCCACCACGAGCUCGAAAUGGCGGGAAUCUCUCAAUGGCAUUGAAGCAGAAGAGACAGAGGAUGAGGUGAAGGCUGCGCGUGAGCGAUUCCGCAAGGCCAAAGAAGCGUUGCCAUCACGUGCGCUUGCCGCAUUCUCAUCGUCAACUCUCACGGAUCCACCGAGUUCGACGCCGCCGCCAGUCACAGCGCAUGAAGUUGAGGAGACGAGAACCGCCUCGCCUCCGCCUCCCUCCUCUCCCAUAGCCGCCGCCUCGCCAUCCAGCUCUUCAUCUCCUUCACCACCCGUGUCGCCCGCCCAUUCACUCUCUGCUGCAUUGGAAGAGAACGAAGAUCAGGAGACUGUCACACCACGCGCGGCGCGCCGCUCCACGACGUCCCGCACAUCAGUCACCCCUGUUCGUGAUUCACGGUCCCACUCUGUCACGGGCCUCUUUGAAGACGAUGACGAGGAAGAGAGUGGCUCGCCACUGGAUACACGUGGUUCUCGAUCUCCCCGUCGACGCGUAAAGGGCCCUACCAAGGCGGAACUGGAUGAGGCGAAGCGCGAUGCCGCACGCGCAUUGCGAGAACGCGCGCCCGAGUUGUCCAAGCCCGAGCCGACGCGGCGGCCAAUUUCAGCGUGGGCUGAGAAGGCUCAGUCAGCUGUGUCUCAACCCGCCAGGUCAAGGAACCGCCUGGCUCCGAGCACAUAUCGGCCAGCAACGCAGCCUGACACGUCGCCGGCAGAAGAGAUUCGCCAAUUCACAAGCCAGGCGACACCCAACUCACGCGCUGUUGAUCGCACUCGUCGCUCCAGUGACCAACGCGUGGUCGCGCCUUCCACUUCUUCACCCACGCCAGCUGUGGUGGUUCUAGAUGACGAAGACUUGUCACUGGACGAAAGUCUCGAACGUGAGAGAUUGAAGGAGCAAGUUCGUAAGACCUGGGCACGGGCGAGGCAGAGCGCACUGAGCGGGCGGCCCCAACACGCUGCUCGUGACAGUGAUGACGAGGACCUUGUCAUCGAGCGAGACGUGAAGCCGCGGAGUGGGCCCAGCCGACCAUCGGCUCCGUCAAGGCAAUUACCUCUAUUUGGCCACGCAAGCAAUCGGGGACCCCCCAAGCGCCCCGGUGCUGGACACAAGGGUCGUGACAUUCCACUGACGCAUGCGCGAAUGACGACGGAUCUCGUUGGACGGCACUACGAACAGGCCCACAAGGUGCAGCGAGAGCGUGAGGAGAAAUACGGCGGUGUCCGUCGGCUGCCGGAAAAGCAGGAGCUAGAGCUCGGCACGAUCAUUCCCGCGAGCGCAAGCGCCGAGGCCGACGAUGAGGACAGCGACGGCGACGACUCUGACUUCGCACCCGAUGAGGAGGCUGAGGUCGAGAGGUGGAGUGGGUCCGAGGAUGAAGCCGCGCCCACGCCGACGGGCGAGGGGGGCUCAGACGACGGGGACGAAAGUGGCGAGGAUGAGGACAAGGAAAACCAGCCCCUCGUUGGUGCAAGCGUCUCGGAAGACGAGGAUGAGGUCUUCCUUCCUAAAAGGCGAGCCAAUAAAUCUCGCGUUGCCUUCUUGUCCGACGACGAGGGCCAGCCACCGAAGGAGACGCGGCAACCGCUCGCGCCCACCCAGGGGGCAUCAAGCGGCGGGUUUGGCACUGACUUUGCGGGAUUCGGAGACGAGGGCGACGGCGGCUUUUCCCAGCUCUUUGCUGAGACGCAAGGCGGCUACAGCGAGGGUGACGCUUUCGAGCUAAUCAAGAAGCAGGAGGAGGCGGCACAUCGUCUUGUCCCGACGGCUGCGCUCCUCCCCUCUGUCCACAUCUCUGAGUCGCAAAAGAGGCGUGACAAUGCGCUCAUCGCAGGCGAGGGUGAGGGUGAGGUCACGCCGAGGCCGGAGGAGAAGAAGCAAUACUUGAAUUCCCAAGGAUUCUUUACGCAAACACGGCCAAAGGGCCUCUCGACGCAGCCGUUCUCGCAAUUCGCGACGGCGACGCAGCCGGCGUCCAACGAGCCCUCAUCCACGCUUAUCAACUCGAGCGACCGCCCGUCAGACCCUACAAGCCCGACAACUGCCGAGCCCGAGCCCGAGCUCGACGACGAGGUAACGCUGACACGUAUUAGACGACGCCGGUCUUCCGCCCAGCUGUCGUCAGGCCCCUCGUCGCCAGAGAUACCUACGCCGCGCCCGCGCAACGCUUUCGACCUUCUAAAUGCGGGCGCUGCACGCCAGAAAGCGCGGGACAGCAAGACGCGCGACAACGCCCUCAUCGAUGCGCAAGCGGAGGAGAGCGACGACGACGCAGGCUGGGGCUUCGUCACGAAAGAGGCGGAAGAAGACGACGAAGAGGACGGCUACGUCCCCGAGCUCGUGGACGACGAGGUGGUCGCCGACGAGAUCCGGGAGGCGCAGGACGCGCUGGCGACGGAGAAGGCGCGCGCCAUGGCCGCCGAGGACGACGCGCGGCGCGAAGCCGAGGCGAAAAAGGUCGUCGAGGGGCACUACCGCGUCAAGCGGCGCGGGAACGAGUUCCUGAGCGACGAAGAGGACGAAGCAGGGCCGCGGAUGAGCAAGAAGGCGCGCCGGCAACGGCGGCUCGACCACAAAGACGGGCUGUUCACGCUCGAGGGCGAGGCGAACGUCUUCCUCCAGGCAUACGAAGAGGAUCUCGAGUCAGACCACGAGGUCGAGGAGGCGCCGCCGUCGCCAGGCCUCAUGCUCUCGCCCGUGCAGGAUCUGUCUGCGCGCGAACGGGACGCACUGCUCCGCCAGCGCGCGCGGAUGAACACGGACACCGAGGGCGCCGCGUUCCGCAUGGACGAGGACGACGAGGUCAGCGGCUUCGCGAUCUCACGCGCCAGCCGCACCGUCGUGCAGGCUGAGGAGGACGGAAUACAUGUCUUUGCUGCGUCUCGGACGGUCGAAAGCUACACCAAGUUCGUGAGCGAGCAGGCGUCCAAUCCCCGCCGCAACGGGGGCGGAGGUGUGUCCGUUGUCGGGCACGGAUCCAAGCCCACAUCCAAGCGCACGGCAAGGACGGCCAGCGCUGGGCCAAGCACCAGCCGCAGCCUCGGUGGCAGUUCGAGUGCCGCGCUCAUCGAUCGCAAGAAUCGCUUUGCGUAGCGCGUUGAGUAAGGCGUAUACCGCGGUGGCGGCGUGGCUGCAGUAGGGGCUUACGUAAUGCAAAGAUAGCAACAUCUGUACAACUGAUGCAAUAGGCGUACAAUUAUC